AUGCCCGACGAGGAACUAGUUGCUCCCUUCCCAACUGCCGAAGUAACUUGUACUCUUCUGCAGAAAAUCCGGUGGCACCUCGUGGUUGGUAUCAUCGAGUCGGAGUGGGUGCAUGAAUACGCGGCGAUCAAUACUUCCGUGUACACGUUUGACUCAACAUGUAGAUCCCCUCGAGCUAUCUGCUGGACGUUGCUUUCUAUGCACCCUUUCCAUUCGGCCUCAGUGCAAGACAAUUCCUCGAUCCGAAUUCUGCUUAAUUCAUCGCGUAACCGGGUCUCCAUGUCCGUGGGUGCUCUGAGCUCCUAG